AUGCAAGACAAGAAGAAGAACUUCCUAUUCGAGAAUGUUCGCCUGUUUGCUGAUUCAAAACCGCUAAUCUUCAGGACAAGUCAAGAGAUACGGGCUCUUACGUCCCGCGGUGAUGGCGCCCAAGAGGGAAGGUACACGAAGAUGAUCAGUCUUCGCUUCCCUCUUGCAUCCACAGCUUCGUUGAGUGUGGUAGGACCCUUCGACAGGGACCAUUUGGGGUACGCCUGCGAGUCCACCCGCAAACAUGGUGUUCCUGGCUGGUUUCCGAAAAUUGCCAUUGAAUACAGCUGCCACAUGUUCAGCAGCUUGGAAUGGCAGGAUCCUGCGGGGCCAUACCAGCAGUUCACCGUUGUGCGGGUGCGACAUCGUGUAGCCUCGGCAUCAAGGCACCAGAAGAUCGGAAAACGCGCAGAGAUGACAGUUUGCCAAGGAUCGCAACGCACCGUGCUAUUUUCAGAAGUUUUCUUCCUGGUCAUGUGGGACAUUUUGCAAGAGUUGUGCAAUGGCCCGCAGGUCGUGCAGUUCAAUCCUCAAAGUUUCAGCAUCUCGCACAUCUCACAGCUUGAGAAGAGCAAGUACAUGGUGUUGGUAGACACCCGCCGCAAAUGA